CUGCGAAAUUGUACAGCAGGGAGAGAGAGAGAGAGGGAGGGAGGGAGAGGAAAAAAAAAAAAAGGAAAAAACGGCCGACCAGCGUCCAAAGGAACCCUUCUGUCUCCUCUCGAUCGUUCUCAAUCUGUGAGCGGAUCCGAGUUUCCUCGUGGGGAAUAGGAUUUUAGGAGCUCGUCCGCGAUUUAUACAUGGCUGCUGCUCCUCCUAGGGCUCGCGCAGAUUAUGAUUACCUCAUCAAGCUCCUUUUGAUUGGGGACAGCGGGGUUGGAAAGAGUUGCCUCCUCUUACGGUUCUCAGAUGGCUCCUUCACAACUAGUUUUAUUACCACAAUUGGUAUUGAUUUCAAAAUAAGAACAAUUGAGCUUGAUGGCAAGCGUAUUAAGUUACAAAUUUGGGAUACAGCUGGUCAGGAACGCUUUAGAACUAUUACAACCGCUUACUAUCGAGGGGCCAUGGGCAUUUUACUUGUUUAUGAUGUAACCGACGAGUCAUCCUUUAACAGUAAUAACUUCUAUCUUUUUCUCCUUAGAUUUAAUCUAAGGUCUACUUUACAAAAUUCUCAUCGUUCUGUUUUUCAAUAUGCAGACAUAAGAAACUGGAUUAGGAAUAUUGAACAACAUGCAUCUGAUAAUGUUAACAAGAUUCUAGUUGGUAACAAAGCGGACAUGGAUGAAAGCAAAAGGGCUGUCCCUACCUCAAAGGGGCAAGCGCUCGCAGAUGAAUAUGGUAUCAAGUUCUUUGAAACUAGCGCAAAAACAAAUCUAAAUGUGGAGCAAGUUUUCUUCUCAAUUGCUAGAGACAUCAAGCAAAGGCUUGCAGAGUCAGAUAGCAAACCUGAGCAGGAGCGUACAAUUAAGAUCAACAAACCAGACCAGGCUGCCGGCGACAGCAAAGCUCCAGAGAGAUCGGCCUGCUGUGGUUCUUAAAGCUUUCUGGCUGGUUGGUGUAUUUGCUCUUAUUUUGGACUAAUUUGAGAAUUAUAGUUAGUGAUUUGAUGGCAAUUUGGCGGAUGCGAUCAUUCUUUACACCUGCUAGUCCUGUGUGCAAUAUUGUUGUUUUCUGUGCUGGGAAAAUUUAUGCUAUAUUAAUCUUUUUACUUCUCAUUUCACUAAAA